GUCGCGGGGGCGGUUCCUGGAUCAGCCGACGCCGCCUCUCCGCAGCACGCGAGAGCAGACGCCGAACGCCGGGGGCUCAAUCUAACGCUGCCUUCUCAUCGGCCAACAUUUACACACGGAGACACACGCGCGUGAGUCGGGCUUUGUACGCGUACAGUGAAGUUACACGGAUGCAUAUUCAAAGUGAAAGAAGAAUGGAGGACGAUCAGCAUCUUGCCGAGGAGUACGUGCAGGAUUUCGUCCUCGAUCACCUCGAAGAUGUCACCGUCAAACGGGAGGACCGAAGGAAUUUGGUCGAAAGCGAGACCUGGAUACAGGAAGACUCAGAAGAUCGCAGGUAUUCUUCCUUGUCACCUCCACCAGAAACUUUGUAUGGACAACAGGCCGUUCUUAUCAAUAUGCCGUUGAUGAACGAUCCAGGUACACCACCAGAAACACCACCAAGCCAACCACCAGGUCAUUGUCGGGCUCCUGCCUUCAUGGAGGACUGGAUGUGGACUAUACGAGACCCCCAACCCUUAGAUUUACGUCCCAUGCACUGUGUUGGAGGUGAUGGAGAUUGGGAAAGGCGAGAAUACAUUCCUCCGGGUAUGGACAACAACCAUCACGCUAUUCAUCAUCAAAGACCACUCUCAGUUUGUAGUGGCGCGAGUGCUAUAUCACCCAGAUUGACCAACAGCCACGCUAGCGACUAUUCCACAUGCGGGGAAGGGGGAGGAUUAGAUGACGAUAUGCUAGUAUCCCUUUCAGUGCGAGAACUCAACAAAAGACUCCACGGAUGCCCCAGAGACGAAAUCGUUAGACUAAAACAGAAACGGAGGACCCUAAAAAACAGAGGAUACGCACAGAAUUGCAGACACAAACGCAAUGAACAACGUGAGCAUCUAGAACAUGCCAACAGAGAACUCCAGGUUGAACUCCAGAAGAUAAAAUCCGAACUGGCCAGGGUGAUCCAAGAACGGGAUCUCCUAAAGCAGAGAAUACACCUGGGUAGAACUCACGUAGCCAGCCUUAACUCCGAUGGACAGAGUUCGCCCGAAUUCUACCUAUGACAUCAUCUCCAGGGUCGAAGAUUAUAAUGCAUGUCGACCCCACGGUUAACCCACCACUGAGCAACCGUGUUUUCGAAAUUUUUGUGGAUUUGUACAAAGUGACGCUUAUGUGGUGUACCUUCCGGUUACAGCGUUUUUUUUUGAUACAUUCAUGUAGAUAAGACUGUUGAAUUUUUGUUAGAUUAAUUUUUUUUCUAUGAUUUUUGUUACUAGAUCACUGAAGGUGGAUCUGCAUAUCUUUUUUCAUUGUUUUUAGUACAGUUCGUAAUUUUAUAUAUCUAUUUUUCUAAGAAAUGUUGGGUCUCUCUGUUCGAAUACCUGAUCAGGUUGUGUUCAAAAUGCGAAUACUAUAUGAAAUAUGUUACUUCUGUAAAUGAAAAUUAUAGUAUUAAUAAAAUAUGGUUUAGAA